AUGGCCGCACACCACGACCAACGGCCCACGAUUCCGCCUUCUGUGCCCGCCGAGUCAGCCCUGACUAAGCUCUCACCAGCGCAGAAGCGGUUGGGGAGGCAGCUGCCCUAUGGGCACGGUGCCUACCAGCUGCUACACAUUAUCGGCGCGGUCAUCGCAGUCUACAACUACGGGCUGCACUACGAGAGCUUCAGGCUAACAGCUGGCGUAAUGGAUCACUGGUGCAGGCGGCCCGAUUCCAUAAGGAACUCAGCGUGGACGAGUGGAAACAGCUGGCCAUACCCGUGGACGAGCAAGUACGGGAACAACAUCGUCAGCCACUGGAACCUAGUGUGCGACAGGCGCUGGCUCAUCGACGUCGCGAGGCUCGUGUACGCGGCCGCCAGCAUGGCAUCGCUGCCAGUAGUCGGAGCGCUCGCGGACAGCGUCGGUCGCAAGGCGGUACUCUUUUUAACCAUACCCGUGGUCCUCAUAUCCGGCGCCGCCAGUGCCGUGCCGAAUGACUUCCAGUUCUUCGUGGCUGUGCGCGCCGUCGUGUCAGCCUCCACGAGUGCCCUCGUGGUACCUAUGUACGCGCUGAUUUACGAAUUGGCACCGAUAGAAAAAUACCCUCUUUACAUCAUCAUUAUCGCACUAUCUGCAUUGAUGCUAUCACCGAUCACGCUCUUUGCAGCUCAACUCGUGAAGGCAGGAUGGGCGGCGCUGCAGCUGAUACUGAUGAUUCCAACAUGCCUUCUCCUGCUACUUUAUUACACCAUCGAUGAGUCACCCAGCUGGCUUUUGGAGACAGGCAACGUCAAGGAAGCCGAGCGCAUCGCUUUGCGUGCCGCACGUAUGAACAAGGUCUCCCCAGAGGACUGCCGAGAUCUCAUGGCAUAUCAG